AUGGAGGAGUUCUUGAAGCAGUGUCAACAAUCAGGUGACGCGGCGUACAGUGCGCUCCGAUCACUCCUGGAGCGACUGGAGAACCCGAUUACUCGAAAAGAUGCCCGGAUCUUCCUGGCGGAGCUCCAUAACAGAUUCGACACCAAAGAAGCGUCAGAGAAGUGCCUCGAGACUUACCAUUUCCAAAUUCAGGACAUCUACGUUGAACAAUAUGAAGCUAAUGACUGUGAUCUUGAACCAGUUGCUUAUGAAUUUUUCACGCAAGCUUCUGUACAGUACGAGGAAGAAGUUGCGGAUUCUAAAGCCCAGGUGACUGCUAUACACCUAAUAAUCGGGACUCUGCAGAGGAUGAAUGUCUUUUGCGUCGAAAAUAGAGAUACCUUGACUCAUAAAGCUACAGGGUAUUCAGCAAAACUUUUAAAGAAGCCUGAUCAGUGCAGAGCAGUUUAUGCCUGUUCACAUCUCUUCUGGGUUGAUGAUCAGGAUGGCAUCAAAGAUGGAGAAAGAUAUGCUACUGAAUGUGCAGAUGCUGGGAUAAGGGUUCUUCUUUUCGAUUAUGAAAAUACUUAUCCAUGGUGCAAGAUAGAGUCUGUUAAUCAACAUCCUCUCAUCACUAAGGUCAAUAACUGGGAAGAGGACAGAGAUUCCGUUGAGGAGUUCUUUGAGGACGGUGUUAUUUCUGAGGUUAGGGAUUUGUUGAAAGUGGGCUUGGCUUGUGGACAUGAGGGUCUAACUUGUAAUGGGCAUAGUGGCCAGCCAAUUUAUGAUGGGGAGAAAAAAACUCUACUUGACAGGGUUGAGUUUCAUGAAUCCGAUCUGCUAUCUUACUGCAGAGAUAAUCACAUAGAACUUGAACGAAUUGUUGGAUGCAUACCACAGAUUCUUAACCCUAAUCCGGAUGCAAUGUCCAAAAUGAUUACAGAAAAUGCCAGUGAAGAAUUCCUUCAUUCUUUAAGCAACUAUUGUGCUAUCCAGGGCUUUGUGGAGGAUCAGUUCGGCUUGGGGCUCAUUGCACGGGCUGUUGAAGAAGGAAUUUCUGUAAUAAAACCUUUGGGAAUUAUGAUCUUUAAUGUGGGAGGUCGCCCAGGACAAGCUGUAUGUGAACGUUUGUUUGAGCGCCGUGGUCUCCGUAUUAACAAGCUUUGGCAGACUAAGAUUCUUCAGGCUGCUGACACAGAUAUUUCAGCUUUAGUUGAAAUUGAGAAGAACAGUCGACAUCGUUUUGAGUUUUUCAUGGGGCUUGUUGGCGACCAGCCAAUUUGUGCCCGAACAGCGUGGGCUUAUGCCAAAGCUGGAGGUCGUAUUUCUCAUGCUCUAUCGGUCUACAGUUGUCAACUUCGUCAACCUAACCAGGUAAAGAAGAUUUUUGAAUUUUUCGGAAACGGAUUCCAUGAUAUCAGCAGCUCCUUAGAUUUGUCCUUCGAAGAUGAUUCUGUUGCUGAUGAAAAGAUUCCAUUCCUAGCUUAUCUCACUAAUGUUUUAAAAGAGAUUUCAUUUUUCCCCUAUGAACAACCUGCUGGAAGCAGACGAUUCCGCAGUCUCGUCUCUGCCUUUAUGAGAACAUAUCACCGUAUUCCUCUAACCGCAGAUAACAUUGUUGUAUUUCCUUCAAGGACCGUAGCAAUUGAGAGUGCCCUACGCUUGUUAUCACCGCGACUUGCCAUUGUUGAUGAACAAUUGACCCGGAAUCUACCUAGGCAAUGGUUAACAUCACUAAGCAUUGAGAGGACAGAAGCUGCAAAAACUUUAGAGGAAGAUAUCACUGUUAUCGAAGCCCCACGCCAAUCAGAUUUGAUGGUAGAGUUGAUUAAGAAGUUGAAGCCACAGGUGGUGGUAUCUGGGAUAGCUCAAUUUGAGUCUGUCACUAGCGCAGCAUUUGAGCAUCUUUUGGACACCACCAAAGAGAUUGAAUGUCGUUUGUUUUUAGAUAUAUCAGAUCAUUUCGAGCUAUCUAGCCUCCCUAAUUCUAAUGGAGUCCUUAAAUAUCUCGCUGGAACUCCUCUUCCCUCACAUGCAGCAAUUGUUUGUGGCUUACUGAAAAAUCAGGUUUAUUCAGAUUUGGAAGUAGCUUUUGUUAUAUCAGAAGAUGCAACAAUGUUUAAAGCAUUGUCUAAGACUGUGGAACUUUUACAAGGAAAUACUGCAAUAAUCAGUCAGUAUUACUAUGGUUGUCUUUUCCACGAGCUUCUAGCUUUUCAGCUUGCUGAUCGACAUCCACCUUCACAGAGAGUAGAUGAGAAGGCAAAAACUAGUGAGGCGAUUGGUUUUUCUAGUUCUGCCAUCUCAGUCCUGGAUCAUGCUGAGUUAUCAAUUAAUGAAACCGAUGAAUCUUCCCUGAUUCAUAUGGAUGUAGACCAAAGUUUUUUGCCCAUAACAACACCAGUUAAGGCUGCCAUCUUCGAGAGUUUUGCAAGGCAGAAUAUUGCGGAGUCUGAAACUGAUGUCACGAGUGGGAUCAAACAAUUGAUUCACAGUAGUUAUGGGUUUGUGUCUAAUGGCAAUACGGAACUCAUAUAUGCAGACUGUCCGGUAGCAUUGUUCAAUAAGUUGGUACUCUAUUGUAUUCAAGAGGGGGGGACUUUUUGCUUCCCAACUGGUUCAAAUGGGAAUUAUGUGUCUGCUGCAAAAUUUUUAAAAGCAAAGAUUAUCAAUGUCCAAACCAAUCCAGAAGUCGGAUUUAAGUUGACAGAGAAAACACUUGCAAGUUCGUUGGAAAAUAUCCAUAAACCGUGGGUCUACAUUUCUGGUCCAACUGUCAGUCCAACCGGUUUGGUUUACAGCAACGAAGAGAUGAAGACUUUAUUGACCGUAUGUGCAAAGUUUGGGGCAAGGGUUGUACUGGAUACCUCAUUCUCGGGGGUGGAAUUUAACUCCAAGGGCCAGGAUGGCUGGGAUCUAGGCGCUACCUUGGAGAAACUUUCUUCUAACAACCCGGAUUUUUGUGCAUCUCUGCUUGGGGGAUUGUUCUUUAAGAUGCUUACUGGCGGGAUCAAAUUUGGAUUUCUUCUUCUAAAUCAGCCUUCUCUGGUGGAUGCAUUCCAUGGCUUAGGAGGGUUAAGCAAACCUCACAGUACUAUUAAAUACACACUGAAGAAAUUAUUGGAUCUUCAAGAGGGGAAAUCUGAGGACUUAAUGAAUGCUAUUGCAGAGAAGAAAGAACUUCUGGGAAGUAGAUAUAAACAGUUGAAAGAGACACUCGAAAAGUGUGGUUGGGAGGUGCUUGAAGCUCAAGCUGGAGUGUCAAUUGUAGCAAAACCAUCUGCUUAUCUUGGGAAGAAUGUUAAGAUCAAGAAUGGCGCCAGUACUCAGGAAAUCAAGCUUGACGAUUCAAAUAUCAGGGAUGCCAUGCUCCUGAGUACUGAUUUAUGCAUUAACAGUGCUGCAUGGACUGGAAUUCCCGGUUACUGUAGAUUCACAAUUGCAUUGGAAGAAAGUGAUUUCAAGCGUGCAUUAGACUGCAUCACUAAGUUCAAGAGCAUAAUUUCUAAUUGA